CCAGAUCCCACCCCACUCAUACCUAUAUCGUUUCUUUCAACCAACCGAACACAUCUUAAUUUUUUUUAAGGAUAACACACCCUAAUUCCGAGUGCCGGAGCAGAACGCAUCGUCCUUCCUGGGAAAACAAAAUCUUUCCUUGCCUCGGGACGCGGCAAAAGCAGGAGUAAUGGCGGGUCUGCCGGUCCCGGGCGGCGCUCUCGAGUGGUGGCGCUCCCGCAAGACCCUGGCGGGGCUGGGGCUGGGCCAGCUCGUCUCCCUCCUCGUCACCGCCACCGGCUUCGUCUCCUCCGAGCUCUCCCGCCGAGGUAUCAAUGUCCCGACGUCGCAGUCGCUGCUCAACUACAUACUGCUCGCAGUCGUGUACGGUACCAUCUUGCUUCACAGAGGGAAGCCUCUGCAGAUGAAAUGGUACUACUAUUUGAUACUAGGUUUGGUUGAUGUGGAGGCGAAUUAUCUAGUGGUUAAGGCUUACGAAUACACAUCCCUGACAAGUGUUAUGCUUCUUGAUUGCUGGGCUAUUCCUGCUGUAAUAUUCCUGACUUGGAUAUUCUUGAAGACUAAGUACAGAUUCAGAAAAUAUAGUGGUGUGGCUAUUUGUGUCGCAGGACUUGUGUUAGUUGUAUUUUCAGAUGUCCAUGCGGGUGAUAGGGCAGGUGGCACAAGCCCGGUUAAAGGUGACAUACUUGUAAUUGCAGGGGCCACCCUUUAUGCCAUUAGCAAUGUUAGCGAGGAGUUUCUAGUAAACGCCAGUGACCAAAUUGAGUUGAUGGGGAUGCUGGGUCUAUUUGGAGCUCUUAUCAGCGCUUGUCAAAUAAGCAUAUUUGAACGCAGUGAGAUAAAAUCUAUACAUUGGAAUGUGGGUUCUGUGGUACCGUUUAUUGGGUUUGCGCUCGCAAUGUUCAUGUUUUAUUCUUUGGUCCCAAUACUAUUGAAGAUUAGUGGCUCGACGAUGCUAAACCUUUCAUUACUAACGUCAGACAUGUGGGCUAUUCUCAUUCGUGUCUUUGCCUACCAUGAAAAGGUCGACUGGAUGUACUAUGUAGCAUUUGCUGCAGUUGCAGUUGGACUGGUCAUUUAUUCAGGCGAUUCGAACAAUGAUGAUAGAACGGGGCAAGUUGCUGUGGCAGGUGAUGUUGAGGGAAAACUUGAUGACGAGGAGGCUGCUGUUGAUCCUCAAUGUCAGGUUGCUGCAUCAUCUGGCAGCCAGAAAUUUGAAGAUGGAUGCAGACAUUGAGGGAGAGUUUUCGUUAAUGGGACUUCUAUUUGUGUUGAAGGGAAAGGCCCUUAUCAUGCCAUCAACAACGAGGAGCGUGAAGUUCAAGCAGAGCUGAGAAUAUCUCGGGAAUAAGUACGUAUUAUAGGAACAAUUUAAAUGAUGUACCUCUCCUAGAUAUAUAACAGGCCAGCAUGGUGCUGCUUGCUGUAAUUUUUGAACUUCAUUUUUCUUUAGUGGCUACUAAAGGAAGCUCUAGCUAAGAACAUUUUCAAAUUAUGGGGUUGGGAAAAUUCUCUCAUGUAACUGAGUAUUGAAUACAAACAGCUGUAACAGGUGGCAUAAAAUGGAGUUUUAAGUCA